CGCACAUUCUGGGAGCUUCUCAGAACCCCAACAUAUGCUUUUUUUCAGUUAGGAGCACCCCCGCUGAGACUCAGCGCUUUCCUCGAUCUGUUAUCAGUGAACGGCAAAGACUUUGCCUUGUCAGUUCUUCGUAUCGAAACAGAAGCAAUAAUCCCCGACCCGCAACCAUGCUUCCGAGUAAGUUUUUCUACAUCCUCCUCUGUGCGCUCCUCGUCGCACAGAUUCUACCAUGCCUGGCUUCCCCAGAUAGCCACCAAUCCGUCGCACAGCGUCACACACUGUCGCAGCGACGGUUCCUAGACGCGAACGAGGACCCGUACGCCGACCUGUACGACUACAAGGACUUUCCCACAGACGAUUCGCCCGACGACGGCUCCGCGCUGGUGAUCAAGGGCGUGACCGACGAGGACCCUGACGGCGACGGCGUCGGCGACGUCAACAUCAGCGACAGCCGCGCCAACGGGCUGCUUCCGCUCGGCACGCACGGCGGGCGGGUGCCGUACCCGACGAAAGACCCGCUCCCGCCGACGAACGACACCGUCACGGACGCCGGCCGUGGCGUGGAGGGCAUAGGCGGGGGCGACGUGUGGUGGCGCAAUAACUCCGGGAACGGCACCGCCGCUCCGCCCUCGUCGUCUCCCCCGGGCCCCGCUGGCGGAGAUAGCUCGCCUGGAGAGAACCAGCAGAAGCAGGAGCAAGGCACGACUGGCAGCAGCGACGGGACCUCCAGCAGCGGCACCAGCGGCGGCGGCGGUAGCAGCACGAGCGGAUUCAGUAAGUGAGUUGCCAACGGUGCCUAGCAAGU